CGAUUGCAUCUGUUUUGUCGUUACUGAAAACAAUGAUUUUUGUGAUGUAAAGAUAGAGUAAGUCAAGAAAACGUAGACGGUUUAUGUCUUUUGCACAUGCUGAUAAACCACUAGCAUUGUCAGCAUGUGCAGCUGCAGUCGUGGUCGCCUGAUCAACUGAAUACUAGAGAUUUUUGGAGAGAAGAUAGCAGACCCGAAUUUUACUGGAGAUUCCUAGAAAAAGUAAGUACAAAUAGGAAGAACUCCCAGCACAACUCCUAGUAGAGCAACGAUUUUUUUCCUAGGAAAUAAAAGAAGAACUCCGAGCACAACUCCACCUAGUACAGCAACGACAUUUGAGGGUCAGAAAAAGAUGGAUCCAUCGUCAGGAGGUGCGACCACAAACUUUCACCAUCAACGGGACCGUCAACGUUGGCUGAUGGAAGCCCGUAAGUCGCCUUUUCAGCCGAUUUUUUUGCGACACCAGAUGCGGACCAGCGUUCACGAACUCGGUGCUACACUUAAGGUGGUGACGUCAACUUCCAUUCUCCAUUCUCUCCACUGCCAUUCUUGGGAAAGCCAGUUUCUACUAGUACAUCAGUUUGUUACCAUUUAUUUCUAGAAGUGGACAAAAAGUCAAGGAUGUUGUUCAUUCUCAUUCUCAGGAAUGUAAAAAGUAAUUCACCCGCAACGUGCUCUAAUACACCGAAGGCACCAGCUAGUGGCAUCUCUGGUGUAACGAACGCAACAGGACAGUUUGAAUCUUCGCUACAACAAUCUGAAUCGUCGUCGAAGAGGCAAAAAAUGGAUUUACGUGACACAUUAUGAAACGAAAAAGUGUACUCAUCCUCGAUAAAGCAGGCUUCUUUUCGUGACAGUAUCAUGAGUACACAAUUGAGUCCUGUCAUACAAAUUCGAUCGAGCAGCUACGUGGAUGGGACCUGCAUCGAGUCAGCUGCAGCGUGCGGCUAGUUCGCGUCUCUUGCGUGUUGCAGGUGCACCGCAACACGAUUCUUCAGCCACUUACGAAAGAUUUGUUGAGAAAAUGAGUUACAAUUAGAAGAUUCAAAAUUUUCUGUACUCAGCUUUCAUUCGAGAUAAUGAAGCAAGCAUUCCUCGUCUUCACUCAAUGAUGAGAAUGGUUUUCUAAGUUUUUGGUGAUGUUUCUUUUUUGGAAUUUCUAAGACUUUGGUGGUCUGAUUGGCAAAGAGCUUUUUCCGCAUGCUGUUCCAGUCACACCUCGCGAAAACACCAACGACAAAGGCACUCUCGCUUCUGGGAGAGCCACAUUCACAUUAUGCAAUAUGGUAACCCAGAGAUGGAGUUGUCACGGAGGUGAUGUAGUUGAUCUGUGAUAUGAUUUCCCGGGAGUAGCUAGUAGGAAGGGUUAUCUUCACUCAAUUUCUCUUAGUUGUAUCUCUAGAAAUUUCCCUGAUAUCUGAAGCUUCUAAGCACAGCUGGUUCCAGUAAAAGCAGCCCAUUCUUAGGCGGUUCAGCGACUCGCUCCAACACGACGAACGGUUUUUCGGUGACAAGUUUCAGCCUGUUCAAGUUUCUAAAAUCUGCUGUCAUGGGAGAAGAAAAGUACCUUUAGACAUUCAUAUCAGCAGUCAAGCUCAAGGAUCACAAGGAAUCAAUUUGACACAUCAACAUAUUCAAACAUGUCGUAUGAACAACAACAAAUACAAAUACAAAUAUAUGUUGUAUAUAUGACGCAACAACAACAUCAAAAAAAAAAGGCGUCAAUCUCCUGAACGCAAACGAAAGUCACUGAGUAUUUCGCCACACCGGAAGUCGCCUGUGCGCAAACGAACGAGUCACGAAGCUACGUGCUACAUGACGCCGCCACCGAAGACACAACAGAGUGAGGAGCGCAUGGUAUGCUUUUUUGGGAUUCUCUUAAUGUUUUUGGUAUCUAUUCAUCCCUCGUUAAGUUGUAUCUCGUGGCUUUUUCUGCUAUGUCACCUGGCAAUAGUAUGUUGAGUUUGCCCAUUUCAUGUGCUGUUACCUAGUCAAAGGUUUACCACCUCGAGUUUCCUCAAGCCCGAAGCCCUAAUUCCUAUAAUAGUAGUACUUUCACGGACUUCACCCGUCCUAUAAAACAAAGGUAAAGUCGACGUCUCAGAGCGUGCCCUUUAGCUACGUUACGGAGACUCCUCCCGUGGUUCCCCGAUUCUUGUAUGACGCGCAGUCGGGGACGAUAGUUGAGGAUUACUCUUCCGUUGGACCCUAUCCCGAUGCAGCUGAACACGGUGGUCGCGCUAGUCACCUCAACAGCAAAAAUCUGGCGGCUUUAAGGCUCGAUUGUUGAAACUAAUGAGUUUGAGUUUAGUCAGUGAGUUCGAGUACUAAUGAACUAAACCCUAAGCACUAGGCUUAGGUUCGAUCGUUGAAACUAACUAAUUAGUCAGGCACUAGAUAGCUCAUCGCCACUGUGUGUCCCAGUAGAUCGUUAAUUUAGUCAGUCACUAGAUAGAUAGGUGAAUGAGUUGUUUUUUUUUUUUGAAUUUACAAAGAGAACCUGAGCGCAACAAGCAUGAACAUUCCUCCUUCGGGAACGCCUCUAACAACGUCUACUGCUGCGACUCACCACGCCAACCUGACCGCAAACACUUUGGUGUCCACCUCUUCGACUGCUCUAUCGGAAAAGAGAAUGGAGACCGCCGAUUCCCCUGUUGCUCUCGUACCCAAUGGUGCUGCUCGAGGACGUAGUAAUCCUUACUUGACGAGGAGCCUUCACAGCGGAAAUGGCGGCUCGAUGCAGCAACAAGCCCCAGGUUCAUCUACUAGUAUUAAGGGUAGGUUAAAGGUGCUUUUCUUACCGCUUUUUAUGCUUCUCCUAAGGGAGAAGGGCAUAGCAAGCGGGGUAAGCGAGCACCAAAAGCCUACCUCUAAUAGUACUUCUAACCCUGUGCCAUCUAACCCUGUGCCAUCAAAUAGUGCGGAUGGAAAUUCCCGAGAGCAGAGUGCUCCAUUUAAUUGGACACCGGAUUCUAAGAGUUCUAGUAAUGCGAGCAAUACCAGUAGCACAAAGGCCUCGUCGAACAACAUCUCAUCCAUUGUUAAGGCUAUUAUUUCCAAUAGUUAAAUUAUCCAUCUCUGUAACUGUAUAAUCAUUCAAUCUCAACAUAGUUCGUUGUAAUCAUAAUAGAUACAAUUGUCGUGUCCUCAAGGAUGGUUCGUUGUAAUCCUCAAUGUAAUAUAAUCAUUCAAUCUCAUCUAUGGGGUUGGAUCCUUGUAUCUGUAGCAGAUUUAGAUUAUUCUUUUAUGGGACCGCUCCCUCUUCUAGUAUAUUCAAGAAGCUAAUUCAUCGUUAUGGGGUGGAUUCUGCUACUCAUAGCAUAUUCUUUCAAGGGGAACGAAAACUAGGACUGACUACUUAUUCCACACCAGGGAUCGAUUACGUAUUGGUUGCUAGAGCCCCUCUCCUUAAUAUUAAAGUUUGAUGUGAACUAAUAUUUAUUGAUGUGGUCGUUUAUAAAUACGCUAAAGAGCAGCAGGUGGAAGGGGUUAAGGUUAACUGCUACAACUACUACUAGCGCUAAAUCUACUAGCAACAACGCGAACGUGGUGUCUGACGCGAAUAAAAACCUCUUGCGAACUCCUGACCAGAACAGGGGAUUUUUGAAUUCCGCAACUGGUACUGUAUCAACUCUGAAGGCGAAGAUUGGCAAGAGCCCUCAACAGACUGCGUCGUUGCGUAAAUUAUGGGUGUAGCUGUAGAGAAUUCAUCCCCAAUGUCGUCUGGAAGGAAAAGACAAGAAGAAAACGCGACCCAGAUGAUUCCUGGGAUGGAUUUCUGAUGCCUCUAAGUAAAGCCCAAGCACUAGCGAACGAGGUCAGACUGGACACGAUAGCAGAAGAGGCGGUGAAGAACAUAUCAGGCCAGUUCGGUCGUGCACGCCCAUCGCAGAAGCGACGAUCGAAACGACAACCGCUUGCGGACAAAACGAACACAGAACAAGCAGAUGGGCUGCUGGGAGGAGGUAAGUACUUAAUAAAUUUCGUACCCUCAUAAAACAACCGGUUAGUUUUUACCUCUAGAGAUCUAGCCCUUUCAACAAUACACUUAUGGAGUGCCCAUAGCUUUGCUUUUUACUCAUGGACAGACGAGUUUGAAUUUCUUCAAAAAUAAAUUAUUACUCCUCACUCUAUCAAAAUACACAGGAAAAAAAGCGCUGACCACUGGCAAGGACUACAAUCAAGGACCGCUAAGCCUGACCGGAUCAUCUGCAACGUCCAUUGCUAUCAUUCUGGAUUGGGAUGAUACACUUUUUCCAACGACCAUGCUCAAAAUGCUAGUGCCGCAACAGUAUGUGAGCACGCCGGACGGCGUAAGACGCACACCAAGGAAUGCUGAGUUCGAUGCUUAAGGCUCCUGCACUGGGUAUAUUUCAUUUCCAGAGGUUCUUUAAUCAGGUCACCCAUCAUCCUCGGAGUCGAGUAGGUGCCGCCGGAGCUCGAUGUGCAGGAUCCAUAGCUUAUAGCCUUCUUUCUCUUUGUUUCCUUUUUUGGAGUCCUUCGGAGAAAAUGAUAAAGAGCCCAAUUAAGUAUGUGAAAUAAUGAAGUAUUUUUGUGAGCCCUCCUAAGAUGCCUACUGCCGCUAUACUUUGGGCCCCAUGGUAGAACAGCUGUUGGAGAAGCUGAUAGCUUUUGGAAGUUCAGUGCAUUUAUCGAUCAUCACGAACGCAAUGCCGGAUUGGAUUCAAGCGUGCUGCGAACGCUACUACCCCAAGGCCGUUCGUGAUCUUCUUGCUGGCGAUAAGAUUGACGUCUUGUCUGCGAGAGAGAAAUUCUUCACACUGAAGGUAGUAUUAUCUUAAAUUUGUAUUAUUCAUAAGCAAAGAUGAUAAACCUAGUGGUAAUUUUUCGACGGUUAUAGCAUGAUUAAAUUGGAACAUUUCGUAUUAAGAAGGAUGUUGGAUGGCAUGGAUGAUGGUACUAUGGAAGGGUGUUGGAUGUUAAAUGACUGUAGAUCAGUAUUCCAUUUGAUUAUAUGGAACGAUGAGACAGAAGCAAGUUACAGGACUACAUCUGGACUUCUCUCACAACCGUUCUGAGAUUAAGUCUCUUGAUUAUUAUGAUCAUUUCUGACCCAUCUGGAUGUCUCUCACAACCGUUCUGAGAUUAUGUGUCUUGAUUAUUAUGUAUUUCUCUCACAACCGUUCUGAGAUUAUGAUCUUCAUUUCUGACCCCACACCGACAGUCUCAGAACGGUUCUGGUAACGGGGGUAUGGAUGCGGCGGAUCCGUUAAAGUGGAAGGUUUUUACCUUUGCUGGUUGGCUGGGACAGGGAUUGAGGAACAACAGCAUCGACAGCAACUACCACUUAAUCGUCGCAGGUGACUCUCCUACUGACAUUUCUGCGGGACACGCUAUGAAAUCCUUGCCGAGUUGCGCGCCGAGCUACGUUACUUCGGUACAACUGUUGAAGAGCUGUAGUCUCUGUUGAAGAGCUGUAGUAGCCUCUGUUGGUCUGUAGUCUCUGUUGUUGAAGAGUUGCUUGAUGUCGUGGUGUUGAAGAGUUGCUUGAUGUCGUGGUUUGUCAGUGUCUGUUGUUGUACAGAACAACGUGGUCUGUAAUUGACAGACAAGUUAGUUGGAACGCUCAUUGCUUGCACAUUGGGUUUUGUUAGGCAGACGAUGAAUCUUUUUCCAUUCGGGGUCCUGAUUGUCCAUAUGGAAUGUUCCUAUUCAACAUUGACAAUCCUGAUUGUCCAUAUGGAAUGUUCCUAUUCAACAGAUUCACUUCGUUCCUCGACCGUCGACACGCAUGUUAGCGACAGAAUUGAUCCGAUUUGCCGCUGAUUUUGGCAUCUAUCUGAGCCUCAAGUGCGGCUUGGGCUUCGGUUUUCACUUGCUCCACGAAGACUGCGCUCUGCAGAAUCGUCGCGUCGCGGACCAUUAUGGAGGACCCAUUAGUACUUUGAAUAAUGAUUUAGUCUCUGAUGUAUUGAUAACUAGUGUGAUUACAUUCAGACUUUGUCUCUACUCGGAGAUGAAAGGGCGGUGGCAUAUAGUCCUAACGCAAAAAAAAUGUAAAAAUCUACGGGUGUUAGGAAUGACACUAACAGGGGGCAUACACAUGACAUGACAUGACAUGACAAAGGAGUGCUUCUUGCAAGCGGACCUCUAAGAUCUGCAGCGCCUAUUCGCACCUGACGUUGCUAAGUUGCCACUGUUGACCGAUGACUUUGGCCGCGUCUUUGAAGAACAACAGGGAGUGGCGCCAGAUGAGGUAAAAAGCGGAUAAUCUUUGCUCCUUCUAUUUCGCUUGGUAACAAGUAGGUCGUGACUUUCGUAUUCGUGUUGAAGGUCUGAAAGACGUUCAGGUCUACUCCUAGAGUUAGUAUUAGAAUUUAGUAUAAACACCUCCACACUCUUAGGCUUAUCCCAUGCAACAGUAUAAACAAAAAUCCACUCCACCUAAGUACUUCCACCUAAACAAAAAUCUUUUUCCCUAGGCUGAUGCUCUAGUGACAACCGCCGAGCUUGGACAGCGUGUGAUGGGCAGAUUUGCGGAGGUGGAACCUAUUCCCAAAUUCCAGAAUGACGAUACGAUGCGACACGCGGAAGGCGGAAAGCCACAUGCAUUUCUGUAUCUUGUUUAAGGCAGAACUUCAUCAUUGUCAUUCGAGAGUAAUAAUAAUAAAAUAAUAAGAACUCUACUGGAGGAGCUACUGGGGCUAGCUUUAACCACGUAGUCUGUCUACAACUACAUAGAAUGAAUGAAUAGUCUGUCUACAGCUACUCGUAGCUGCUACGUGGUUCGAAUGAAUGAAUGAAUGAAUGAAUGAAUGAAUGAAUGAAUAGAAUAAGCACUCUGGAGCUAGCUUUGGCUAGAUAGUCUGUCUAUAUUAAGUACAUUUCUAUAAGAAGUUUAGACUUUGCGAUUAAGGUCGAGUCUCUUUCAACCUCAAAGCUCUAAUUUCCCCAGACGGAAGAGGCAGCUUAUGCGGAAUGCAUUGAAACGAUCAUAUUGUCGAGACAACAUCUCCAGCGACAGCUAAACGCGAAGGCUAACGCGUGACCAACAUCACCGUUAUAGUUAAGGCUGUAGCUAAUCCAUCUUUGGGGGAGUAUCCUUGAAACGUAUUGGGGAGUAUCACAAGGGAAUGCUCCCCCAUACUUUUCAAGGAUACGCUUGAGAGAUAAAUUGCGGACAGUUCUAAGGUUGUAGAGAAGAAGACUAUUAUGAUAUCGAAGCACCUUUUCAAACAAAGUAGGUUCCGAGAUCCCUUGCCGCAAUGAGGAAGCCUCGACUUCGUUUCUGUUGUGGCGACAGGUAGGAAGAUGGGAGAUUGGGAGAUGGAGUCACUAGAAGUUACAACAUCACUGGAACUAGGAGUCAUCAGAAGUAGAUGAGUUGCGGGAAGAGGGGAGCUAGCAGUUGUGGGCAGCUGUUGUACACUGUAAAACAAAGUAGAAGUAGAUCUUGCAUCCGCUUACCAUCUUGUUGGAAGCGAAUAGGAUGUCCUCUCUGGUUGGAGCUCUGAACUAUCUUUUUCGACCGAAAGCUGGCAACUUUUAUUCCAAGAAAUCGCAAUGAAGAAACCUCAAUUGGCCACACAGACACCUAUAAUAAGUAUCUGUGGAGAAUAUCAAGAACAAAGAAACGUUAAGUCGUCACAUAGUACCAGCAUUUUGAUGAAAAACUGUACACCAAAAAUUUUGGUUGAUAUUUUCCUCACGACAUAUUAAGCGCGAAAAUGAAUGCCACUAAAGAACACACACGAAUUCCUACAUUUUUCAAGUUUUUGCUGAGCUUAUUUCAGGGAAGAAGAAUUUCACGAUGCUCCUAGUCUUAGUUUUACCGUUCAGUUUGAAUUUCAACAUGAUCGAUUCUUGUAUACAACAAGUAUUAUCAAUAGUAUUCCCAGUAGAUAAGUAAUGAUUUCUAAUCUUAAGUCAUUUUUGCUCUCCAACAUCAACACAUGGACCUACUACUACGAUUUUUGUUUACGAGGUAUUUUCCAAGCACCUCGUAAUUUUGUACAGAAGAUGAUGUAGCAACUGCACAGAAGAUGAGCGAGGUAACAACUUUUGCACAUUCAUAAGCUAGAAGAAAGAGAGUACUAGAAAUAGCAGCAUCAGUAUCAGGAAAUCUGGCUCGAUCUUCGAAAAAAUGUUUUAUAUGCUCACGAUGGAUGAUGUCGAUGCUGGAUAGCUAUCUAUAUGGGGUAAAUUUUGAGUUUGUAUUAUUGUAGUGAGUCUAUUUUUGUACAACUAUAUGACAAUUCUUAGGGCGAUCCUCGUAUGAGUAUGGGAGAAAAGCAAAGGAUGAUGCAAUCAAAUAUUCCUCACAACUACCUAUGUUGACAAGUUAUUUAGAAGAAUUCCAAUGUAUGAUCAACUCAAACAAAAGUAAGCUAAGUUUGGUGGUACUGAAAUUCUGUUUCUUUUUUGAAUCUUGAACUUGUUUUUGUUUAUUUGAUUCUCACUCGCGUAGGCCCGACUGCUGUGGCACGUCCUU